AUGGCUGAUGAACCAGAUGAUUUUAAGCCAGCUCUCAAAACAAUUUCAGCAUCCAUAAAUACAACUAUGGCUAUUUCUGAAGAUGGUGAUCUCUAUGUUUGGGGUAAAACCUUUUUGAAGAAUAAGAACGUAAAGCAUUUGCCAACAAAACUUGGAUUACCUAAUUAAUAUUUAUUUUAUAGAGUUGUACAUAUCUCAUAAGGUUUAAAUCAUGGAGCUGCCAUUUUAUAAUCAUGUUUAGAUAAAGAAUGUGAAGGUGUUAUCACCAACUAGAAAGGUCAAGUGCAAACUAUAUUGGGAAUGGUUGCAGAUCAAGCAAAGAAGUUAAAGGAAAAUUCAGAAUAAUAAUAAUAAAGUGAAUAUUUUUUAUAACAAUGGGAUUAACCUUUUAAGGAGUUUUUUAAAUCAAAAAACAAUAAAACUAUUUUAUCUUUAUAAGAAUUUAGAUAAUUUUAUAGAUAAGAUAAACAUUUAAAGAACAUUAGUUAUUAAAAUAUAUCAGAAGUUAAAACUAUAUUAGGAACUGGAGAUGAAGCAAAUAAAGAUGAACCAAAUGCAUUUGAAAAAUUUUUCAUGAUGGAAAAAUCAAAAGAUGGAAAAACAGAAAUCAAUAUUUGUUAUUAUUAUUAAAUGUUAACAUAAGAAAGUAGACCUGAAUAUAUAUCUAUUGUAUGGGGAAAUCCAGCUAACGGUAGAUUAGGUGCCCCAAAAUCAAAAUUUCCAAAUGAAACUGAUAAAUAAACAAUUUUCAAUAAUAACAAUCCUUCCUAAAUGGAUUUCACAAGUCGAUAAAUGUAAUAACCAUCUAGAACAUAAUAAGUUUAAAAUUCUUAAUAUAAUUAAACUCAAGCAGAACCAAAUAAUUCAGAUUUUAUAUAACCUAUUGCAUUAAAGUAGGAAUUUGUAAAAAUAGUUUGUGGACAUCAUCAUACUAUGGCACUCACUGAAGAAGGAUCUGUAUUCAUUUGGGGUAUGGGAAGUUAAGGAUGUUUAGGAAAUGGUAGAGUAGAUGAUCUAGAGACACCAACCUAAAUUGAUAUCUCAGGAUUAUAUUUUAAUGAAAUAGCUGCUGGAGCAUAUCAUUCUCUGGCUCUUGCAAAAAAUAAUCAAGUCUAUGGAUGGGGUGUAAAUAAUCGAGGUUAAUUAGGGAUUGGUAAUAAAGAAAAUUAAUUAUUACCUAAACAAUUAACUUUUUUUGAUAGAAAGAAAGUACAAUGUUAAUAUCUUUAUUGCGGAGACUAACACUCUGCAUGUAUAACAACUAAUAAAGAGUUAUAUACUUGGGGAAAUGGAGACUAUUAUAGGCUAGGUCAUGGAAUGUUAUUGGAUGAAAUGGAACCAAAAAAAAUUGAAAUACUUUAAGAUGUUUACGUUUUAGAUGUUGCUUUGGGUACGAUACAUUCCUUAUGUAUAACAAAUGAAGGAUUUGUUUAUGCUUGGGGAAGCAGCAAGGAUUCUGUAUUAGGAAUGCCAACUUAAUAGUAUAAAGAUUAAACACUUCCUUAAAGAGUGGGAUUAAUGAGUUAAAGUUUUAGAGAUGCUUCAUUUUAUUAGGUAGCUGCAGGUACUAGCCACUCUUUGGCUUUAUCAGAAAAUGGCCAUCUUUAUGUAUGGGGUUCAAAUAAAAAUAGCUUGUUGGGUGUUAGAUUGUAGGGAUAGGAACACACAUGUAUUCCUUAAAAAGUUGAAUAAUCAGAAGAUCUUGAAAAAUCUUGUAUUGAAAAAGCAUUAUUUUUUAAUUUAAAAAAAGAAGAGCAAUAAAUGAUGAAAGAUGAAAAAUUAGUCACAUUUGAAUAAACUACUUUGAUGAAAACUAUUUUAUAACCUUCAUAAGGAUAGAGUCAUGAAUGCAAAUAUAAGUAUGCAACUUUAGGAUGUAAAAAUACUUACUUUAUUGAUAAUACAGGCCAUUUAUAUGCCUGCGGAUCUAAUCAAAAAGGAAUGCUAUGUAAAAAUCCUCAUAAAAAAUAAAAAUUUAAAUAAUUUAUUCCUUAAAAGGAUCCUCCAGAUAUUUUGUAUGAGUAAUCAUUUACACCAAUUGAAAUUGUUUAUUUUAGAAACACAAUAAUCAGAUAUAUUAGCUGUUAAUACAAUCAUUGUAUUGCUGUGACUGCUAAAGGCAAUGCUUAUUGUUGGGGUUCAAAUCAAUAUAAUUAAUUGGGAUUAGGGUUUUAAAGUGAUCAUGUUUUCACUCCUAUUCUUUUAGAAGGAGCUAUUGAAUAAAAGGUUAUAAUAAUGGCUAUUACAGGAGAGAAGUUUUCAGCUCUUCUUACAGAUUAAGGAGAAGUGUGGAGUUUUGGAACUUCAGAAUUUGGUGUACUUGGACAUGAACUCAAAAAUUUUUAUGUUAUAAUGGAACCAAGAAUGAUUAAUGAUAUUCCAUCUAUGAUUAAUUUAGCUUGCAGUAAUUAAACAAUGUUUGCAAUUGAUCAAAAAUAAUAAUUAUGGGCUUGGGGAAAUAAUUAAUUUGGAUAGUUAGGUAUAUCAUUAUAAAGAGAUGAAGAAGAGAUUAAUUUAUAGACAAACAAAUAAGUGAGUAGCGAAUUUUUAGAGUGGAAAGCUCAGUUAAAAUCCUUGAAAAAUCCUGAAAGAUAUAUUGUUUAUUAACCAGAUAAACCAAGUACAAGAUCUAUAACAGGAGAAGCCUUUGUUGAUUAAGUGUCUUGUGGAUUAUAUCACACAUGUAUAAUAACAACAAAUUAAGAAUUAUUAACUUGUGGCUUAGCUAAAUAUUCAGGUCAUCAAAGCUAAGAACCAGAAGAUCCUGAACAAUAGUAAGCACAAUAAGCUUAAUUUAUUGAUGCUUUUUCCUCAACUCUUGAACAUUCAAGUAAAAAAUUUAAAUUGGUUGCUUGUCACGAAUAUCACACUGUAGCAGUUUCAGUUUCAAAUGAUUUGGUAUUUUUAGGUCCAGAAGGUAAAGAAAGAGGACUUCAUGAAAAAUUUGCCAAUUUAUUUAGAGAUGGAAAGCAAAUGCCUGAAGAAUUGCAAAAUAUUAAAUUCGUAGCAUGUGGUCCUAACCACGCUUUAAUCUUAAAUGAUUAAGGAUAAACUUAUACAUGGGGUGCGACUAUGGGUGGUAGAUUAGGAUUACAUAUAAAUGAAAUAGGAUUAUUGGAUGGAUAGGAGAAAUUAACUAUUCCUUACCCUACCAAGAUAGAAUGUGAAGUUUGCAAAGAUAAUAAAUUAUAAGCAAAAAAUAAUAAAGAUAAAGAUAAAAGUUCUGCACCAAAAAAAAAAGAAAAGAAGAAAAAUAAAAGUUCAAAAGCAAAGAAAAAAGUUCCUGGAGGCGAUUAAUAAUUAGAUGUUUCUAUAGAAGAUGAAGAAAUUUUAGAUGAGGAAAGUUUUCACUCAGAAGAAGGACCAGGAGUAAGAGUUCAAGAUCCACUGUAAAAAGGACUUAGUAAAUAAUCAUAAGAAUGUGAAUAAGAAAACUUAUAUUUGUAAGAUGCUGAAAUAGAGAAAAAAGUGUAAUUCAUCUUUAAAGAUUCUGCUAUUCAAGCUUAUGAAUUGUAAAAAAUGUAUACUGAAAUAGUAUCAAAACUGAGUUGGAGUAUCGAUUAUAGAGCUAGACAAUUAGCUGCAAAAAAUUAAAGUAGACAAAUUACAAAUUUAAAGUUUUCAGUUCCAUAAUUUAUUGUAAAGAAUAUUUAAUUGUACGAAUGUAUAUUUUCUUGUAUGUAUCAUCAUCCUUGUUAUAUGAUUAAAUUGAUUCAAGCAAAUUAAUUAAAUAAGUUUUAAUUAUUGAAAUUCAUUAAAGUGAUUUUUAAAAAUGAUUUAAUGGAAGCUUAGAAUUAAAGUAUCAUUUUAACUCUAGCUAUAAAGUCUUUUGAAAUUGAGUUCAAUAAUGCAACCAAUUAAUUAGAAUAUAUAUCAGAGCUGAAAUUAUUUAAGAGUUCGUCAGUCUUUUUAUAAAUCUACUAUAUGUUCAUAUAAAAAGAUGAAGAUGCUUUUAAAUAUUUUGAUGAGGUUGCAAAUCUUUUAAUCAAGGGAUUCGCCUUUUCUAAAAUAUUAGAAGAGAUUCAUAAUUUUGAAAAAAGACCUGAAGAAGCAGAGAGUGAUGAUCACAAACUAAAAAAUUUCUUUAAUUUUCACUAAGAAAAUGCUAAUAGCAAAGAAAUAUAAGCUAAAUAUGAUGUUUUAACAGAAUUAAUAAUAUUUUACAUAAAAUCAAUUGUAGAUAGAAAGGAGAAAUGUAGAAUUAAAGGAGAUGAAAUGAUAUCAUCUCAUAUAAAAUAUUUGCAUAAUUAAAUAGUUCAAAUAAUGAAAAAGAAAAUACUUAAAGAAGAAUUAGUUAAAAUCACAGAGGUUGUUGAAGAUGAAGCAAAAGUUUAAUAGAAGUUAUAAAAAUUUUAAGUCAAAUUAGAUGAAAAGAUUGGGUCAUUUCUAUUACACCUUUAUUAUGGGUCGAUCACUGAAUUUAUUCUAAAAUUUUAGGAUCAAAUUUAAAGUAUGCCAGAAGAAAUUCGACCUUUUUUACUUAAUGAUUAAAAUCUUAGAUAAAUUGCUUAAACAAUUGAUAGAUUCUUUUAAAAAGAUGUUAUGUUACCUAAUAAAUAUAAUUAAAAUUUAAAUAAGAUAAUAUCAAGUAGGAUGCUUCCAAAAAUAAAUUUACUUGGUAUUUAAGAUGUAGCAUAAGAUUUACAAGGAUUUGUUUAAUUUAGUGUUGAAAAUUUAAAUAUGAUUGAAUUAAUUCAAGAAUGCUUUGAAAUUAAAGAUAGAUAUAUGUAAGUUGAAAUCUAAGAUAUACUAUUCUUAUAACAUUUUUAUUGUUCAUAAAUUUUAAAUAAUGGACUGUAAGCAGUAUCAAAGUUUUUUGCAAGAGGAAUGAAAGAUCCAAUUUAUAUAAUCUUUAGACAUUUAGAAUUUAGAGAAAUAUAAGUAAAUAUGUUUAGUACUGAAAUAUUAAAGAGAAAAAUAAACUUAAAAUUAAUGCCUACCCCUAUCAUGUAAUUGAUUCGAAAAUCUAAUGAAAUAGGAUUAUAUAAAUGCGAAGAUUGUUCAAUUUUAUUAACAACAGAGUAUAUAACAGCAGAAAAACUUAAAUCGCUCCAAAAUUUAUUUGCUAAUGGUUGGAGUUGUGCAGCUGGUCAUCAUAAUAAUAUAACUGUGUUGGAUUGUGAAUCUCCAGGAUGUAGUAAUUUCAUAACAGACUAAGCAUUAAAAACAAUGAGAGUGCUUAGAUUUUAUUAUAGAGAAAAAGAUGAUAAUAUAGAUAUGCUUGUUGAAAUUUUAAGUAGCAUACCAACCAUUCCAAAGGGGAUAAAUAUGUAUAACUUUUUAAAAGAUUUAUAAAAAACAAACUGGGUGAAAAGAAAUUCAAGAUUAACAACUAAAAUUGAGCAAUUUUUAUCGAAAAUUUUCCCAAGUGAAUUAACAGAUCCAUUUAUAAGAUCAGAAACAGAAGAUGCCGAAUAAGCUUUAUAAUAAGUGACCGAGGAAUAAAAAGAAGCAUGGGCAGUAUUAGCAGCAUAAAAAAAAGUGUAAAGAGAGGAAGCUUUACAUAAGUAAUAUAAGAUAGUUUAUGAGAAAGCAAUAAUUUAAAUGAAUGAAAGAUCCUAACACAGAGCAUUGUAAAUUACAUAUAAUGAUCUAAUUCGACAAUUAGAAUUAACAAGAAGUGAAAUGAAAUCAGAUUUGCAUAAAGAAAUCAAAAUGAUUAAAUAAUACUAAGAUUUUAUUCAACAAAAUAUUAGAGUUUAUGGUGAAGGAGAAGUUUAAUAGCCAGAAAGGGCCAAAGGGUAAGCUUACGGAUUUUAUACAUCAGCAAACAUGUUUUAAGCCAAAGCUUUGGUCAAAUUAACAUUUUAAAAUCGACAAAUUCCAAAGAUUUUGAAAAAUAUCAAAUUCUAUUUUUUUGGAUAAUCUGAUGGUGGUUGGGACAUCUAAUUAGUGUAUUUAUAAGAUUCAUUAUUGAAUCUUUUAGUAACUUGCAUAGAAGCUAUAUAUCCAAUUGAAUUAUCAUUAUAUAAGAUCAGCAUACCUAUUGAUUAAUAUCUAGAAUUAAGAAGAAUGGCUAAAUAUCGAACUUAAAUUACUUUCAAAUCCAAAAAUAUCGAAAUUACUUUUAAUAUAGUUUAAUUAAUUAGUAUAUUUAACUAGCUAGAAGCUAGAUUAAUCAAAUGA